AGAACAGGUUGAAAUGUCCUGUUUCUUCUUGAACAUGUCAAAAAUGGUACCCACUAACUAAACCCACAUCACUCUCUCUUCUUUCUCUGUAGAACCCGUGAAGCAAUCAAAGCAUGGUCCUUUCUUGGAUUUGCUGAGAUUACCCAGUUGAGCUUCUGGUGCUGACAACUUGAAGUUCUUCAAGUUGGAAGGAAGAUGGAGGUGGACCAGUAGAGUUUAAAGGUGAAAUCGACGCUUGAGAUCGAGAGAGUUUUCUGAUCUUGUUCCUUCUUUUGGUAGUUUGGAUUUCGGAGCAAGUAAGUAAGCCUAUUUCUCAUGCUUUUCUGCGUGUGAAAAUCACUUGCAACAAAAGUAGAAAGCUUUGUAAAAGGAAGUUGAAUUGCUUCAUGUGAUGGAAGUUAUGAGUUAGGUGAGAGGUGUCAUGGAAUUUUGGUGAUAAAAGGGUUCAGGGUAUCUAAUGAUCUGUUGGGUUCUUUGAUUUUGGAGAAAGUAAAGAGGAGAAGCAGGAUUGUUGUUGUUAUAAUGGAACCAUUAAAUCAGAAGUCUAUAGAGAGAGUGGUUUCACAGAAGGCUUUGCAAAUGGGGAGUUCAUUUCCUUGUCAAAUUUGUGUGGUUGGUUUGCUCUGUGGAAUCUGUCUUACUUCUUUGUUUAUGGCUGCUCUCACUUCAUUUGGUACUUUCGAGUUUGGUGGGUUUGGGUUUUCGACCAUUGCUUGGGGUGCUUCAGCUGGGAAUUCUAGCUCAGAGUUCAUCAACUGCAGUUCUAAGCCGAAGGUAACAGAGAGAGUGGAAGUCGAUUCGCUUAGAAAUGAAGAAACCAUCACCAGUGAGAGAGUCUCAUUGUUGUAUUCGGCUUGGAGUGCUUUACUAAAUGAAUCCGAUUCUGGAGAAAGUGACUACUUACUGAGACAUGGACUAAACAAAUCCAAUGUACCAAAUGCCCCUCAUUUGGAAUACUGUAAGUUGAAAGCACAAGUAUACAAGCGCCUCGAUAAGCAUCCCGAGAAUGAGAGCCUUGCAACAGCUGCAAAAAAUGAGCACUCUAGCUAUUUUAGGAACCAAGCUAUGUCUGAAGCUGCUUCUGCUGGUUGGAUUUCAGGGUCUGACGAAGAAAAUUACCCCUCCACACAAAAAGUGCAACGGGACAUAUGGAUGCAUCAGCAUCCCUUAAACUGCAGGGAUCAUAGUGUAAAGUUUCUUGUAGCUGACUGGGAGAGAUUACCUGGAUUUGGUAUUGGAGCCCAGAUUGCUGGAAUGUGUGGGCUUCUUGCUAUUGCAAUGAAGGAAAAAAGGGUCCUUGUUACCAACUACUAUAAUCGAGCUGAUCAUGACGGUUGCAAAGGUUCAUCCCGCUCCAGUUGGUCCUGCUACUUUUUCCCAGAAACAUCCCUAGAAUGUCGAAAUCGUGCAUUGGAGCUUAUGGAAAAUGAAGAUGCCUGGAGAAAUGGCAGCAUCAAGGCAAAAGAAAAUUAUACUUCAAAGCAAAUAUGGGCUGGACGAACACCUAGAAUAUGGGGUGAACCUUGGAGUUAUUUGCGACCAACAACAGUAAUAAAUGGGACUCUGAUUGCUUAUCAUCGCAAAAUGGAUCGAAGGUGGUGGCGAGCACAGGCAGUACGAUACUUGAUGCGAUUUCAAACCGAGUACACAUGUCACUUACUGAAUGUUGCUCGCCAUGCGGCAUUUGGAAAGCAAGCUGCGAAUAUGGUAGUCAAAAGUUUCGAGGGGGAAUGGUCUAAGGAUGUUACAGUGAAUGAAAGGUCUGAUAUUGAAGAGUUUGUUUGGUCUAAUCACAAGCCAUGGAUGCCUCGGCCACUACUGAGCAUGCAUGUAAGAAUGGGAGACAAAGCAUGUGAAAUGAAGGUUGUUGAAUUUGAAGAUUACAUGAGUCUUGCUGAUCGCAUCCGAAAGCGAUUUCCACAGCUCAAUAGUGUUUGGCUAUCCACUGAAAUGCAGGAAGUGAUCGAUAAAUCUAGAGAGUACCCUCAUUGGAACUUCUACUACACAAAUGUGACACGUCAGGUUGGAAACAUGACAAUGGCUACUUAUGAAACAAGUCUCGGUAGAGAAACUAGCACAAACUACCCGCUUGUCAAUUUCUUGAUGGCAACCGAGGCUGACUUUUUCAUUGGAGCAUUGGGUUCAACUUGGUGCUUCCUUAUAGAUGGAAUGAGAAAUACUGGAGGGAAAGUUAUGGCUGGAUACUUGAGUGUCAACAAGGACCGGUUCUGGUAGGAAAAUAUGAUUCAUGUAAGCUGGGAAUUAGUAAGGGUUGCAUGAAUAUGUAAAUAGCUAGUUGGUGAUUAGAUCAACAAUUUUGUUGUUCUGUGGACAUGAAUGAAGCAUAGUAGUUUCCAUCCUAUUCAUGUAAAUGGUGUAACACCUCCUACUUCUUCUAUAUUAUCUAAAUGGGUAAAUGGAAAACAAAAUUUGACUCAG